AUGUUUUUACUCACAUCCCAGGCAGGCAAUGGGAGCCAGGCAGCUCUGAUCGCACGAGGUGCUGCCAGCAAACGCAAAGCCUGGGAGAUGGAUGCUGACGACUACCAUCUCGCAUGUCUGGGAGGUUCGGGCAGGUCAACGAAGAACAGUCUUCGCAAUGUACUCCGUGGCAUGAAUCGGCUAGGCUAUAGUAUCUCUCUGAAGAUAACAUGGAUUCCGAGGGUGCCAGUAUGUGAUGUUGGUCCUGUGGAUAUUCCUGCCAUCGGUCUACUUGACAUGCUGCAGUACAUCCUGGAUUCAGGACGAUCGCAUAUGUUGCUGGGCGGCCAUGACAUUGGGGGGGACACAUGGUGCAAGGUCCUGAACCAAUUCUGGCACAGGUUUGAGAAACACGACCCGACACACUGCAUCUUUCGAGAUACCAGCAAAUCCGAGCGUGAUUACCUCAUCCCUCUACUGGCUUAUGGUGACGAAGGGACUGGCAAACGCAAACACCCGGUUUGGGUUCUAGCCUGGAAGCCGGCUCUCUUCAGCAACAUGAACAGCUACUUCAGGACGAUUCUCAUUGCAACAGCUUCUCAUGCACUUUAUUCACAGUUCCACUGUGGAUAUGCUGGCGGCAACCAAUGCCUAGACGCCAUCCUUGACCACUUUAUCAAGGAAGCCCGAAUUGCUUACCACCAAGGCCCUCCAAGUCAACUUGAAACGGUAGGGUUUAGGGUUUAG